ACCUUUAUCGCAGCGACUUCUGUUGUAGCUAUUAUCAUCGUGAUUAUCACCAUUAGCUCCAUUUUCUACUACCGAUUACGGAAAGAGCAAGCCCGCAAAAUUACAUUGCCAAAGAAAGAGACUGAGCGAUUUCGAAGAGGAGAGCCCAUGAACAUCAAUCCCACAUUGAGCCUCAGUGAACAAGCAGAUCUUCUGCCUUAUGACGAGCACUGGGAAUUCCCAGCAAAGAGGCUACGAUUAGGGGAGGAGCUUGGCCGGGGGACUUUCGGUAUUGCCAUUAAGGCCGUGGCUCGGGGCAUCAGGCCCUCCGAACCUGAGACAACAGUUGUUGUGAAGAAAAGCAAGCCUCAC